AUGGCGCCGCUGCUCGCUAGGCCUCGGUGUCCGGCCGGCGCGCGGGGGUUGUUCCGACCCUGGGCGGCGCGGGGCUCCCUGGAGGCGCGGGUGCCAGAGGUUCUCCAGUCGGGAGCUCCCAUAGACGCUCUGGAGGCCAGGGUGCCAGCUCCCGGAGACCCUCUGGAGGCCAGGGUGCCAGGGACACUGCUGCAGGGAGCAGACCCAGCAGCAGGAGCGCCGGUGCAGCAGCAGCAGGACUGGUGGUGCGGCGCCCCCUGGCUGCUGACGGACCUGCCCUGGCUGGAGGCGGCCCUCGUCCUGGAGCUGGAGGCGGCGCGACCGCCGCGCGACCCGGCCUCCGGCGCGCGCAAGCACCGGCCCAAGAAGUACCGCUGCCCGCACUGCCACGUGGGCUUCAGCAACAACGGCCAGCUCAAGGGCCACGUGCGCAUACACACAGGGGAGCGGCCCUUCAAGUGCGACGCGGCGCAGUGCGGCAAGACGUUCACGAGGAACGAGGAGCUCACCCGACACAAGAGGAUACACUCGGGGGUGCGGCCCUACCCCUGCGCGGCCUGCGGCAAGAGGUUCGGGCGCAAGGACCACCUGAAGAAGCACGCAAGAACCCACCAGCCAGCCCCGCCCCCUCUGCCGCUCGCAGUCUACCAGUACCCCUACCUCUACGGCUACUGUGACACGGUGCUGGCGCAGAACAGCCUGGUGUUCUCCCGUGUGAAGUGGACGUGCACCAGUCAGGUCCGCAGGGCGUCCUGCAGUGGCAACAGCCUGCGCUGCACGGAGUGGAGUCCCUGUUAA